UCGACAUCACCACUAACUCGAAAUAUGGCCGCGCCCUUGUGAAGCUGAAAAUGUGCGCUUCUAACAACAGUCCGUGAAGCUCGUUUGUAAUGUAUAACUCAGUUGUUAGGAAGUGCUCGCUGGCUUGUGACCAUCUGCGUUCGGUGCGGAGACUUCUGUGGACACUUCGCUCUGCAAAUCACACUCAAGGCGGUGCACGCUGCGAAGAUACCGCUAGGACGCUUCGAGAACAUCGGUGUACCAAUGAAAGGAGCCAAGCGAUGUGUUACGCAACGAGCGCAGAACCGUCAUACAAGCCAAAAACGAGGAAAACGAAAGUUGGGAAGCAGAGAAGGAACCAGUACAGGGAACUCAUGAAAGUCCUCGAGGCGCACAAAAUGAAACUGGAAGGAACUGGCCAGCUUUCGAAUGGAAACACUUACCACAGGAAGGAAAUUAUAUUGACCAUUCCGUCAACGUGCAACGUUAUAUCAUUGCCAAUUAACUGCGCCGGCUGCACCAUCACUUGCGAAAAAUGUGCCUACAACACUGAAGUGCCCACUGUAGACAAUUACGAUGAAGUCGCCACUACUGCAGACAUGCCAUCGACUUCAAGCCAGGGCCUUUUGAGAGAUCCGCCAUCUGCAGAGGAAGAGGACUUAGUGGCUAUACAAGGCAAUGCAGACAUCAUGCCACCUGUAUUGCCCUUCGCACCUCAUGUUGCCGAACACUUUGACGUUGACCUUACGGAAGAUGAUCUGCACGGACCGCUGGAAGAGCCUGCGACUUCAAAGCCAGCUGUUUCAUCGGCUUCCAAAAAGAAGACUGAUUCCUCCACGUUUCGGCUGUCUCCUUCGCAGCACGAUAAGGUUGCCAAGAUUAAGAAGGCAGACCUCGAAAGGCUGGCUCAAGAGAUGCAGUUUCGUAUGAGCAUACGAGCUUUCGUCGAAGUAUGUGUACAUGCAAAUAUGCUGGACAAGGCCUUGUCUGCACUGCACUACCAUCGACAUCGAACUAGGGAACAGAAGAAAGGCAUUACUGUCGUCGAUAUUGGAAUCUACAAUUCGCUCAUCAGAGGCUACGCUGCGAAGGGAAAGUUGUCUCGUGUUCAGGAGAUCAUGCACACCAUGGAGCACGAUCGCAUAAAGCCAAACGCUGCCACGUUUGCGUCUCUUCUCGAGUGCCACACAUUGCAGAGCAACUUUUCACGGGAAAAUGUGGAGAAAGUCAUCGAGGAAAUGAAGGCUCAUGAUAUCAUCCCUCAGCAGCUGUUCAGGGAUUGCAAGUUCUUUGGAAAUCAGCGGGAGCGUGUGCUUGAGGCCAUUCAGAAGGUGAUGCCGGACUUUGUGCCAGAGCCGUCCACAUUCCCAAGAAACUACGACUGCAAGCUCUUGCGCAAGCUGAAGAACCAAAAAACACUGCACAAACCUCAUGAGACUCCUGGUGACCUGCCCACCCUGGAGGAACUUCGUCAGUGCGCCCGUGAACAGAUGGGCUUGGAGACCGAUGGCCAAGUCACCGUGCAGUCAGUGGCGAAGUUGACCAAUCCCUCCGAGAAAGUCCUUCAGAUGAGGAAACAGGUUCAGGAACUGGAAGCAUCGUGGAAAGUGAAGCUUAAGGAUGCCUUUGUGAAAAAUACCAGGUCACUUCUUAGCCAUUCGUACAUGAAUCGUGGGAUGUCCUUGUAUCCUUAUCUGUGCGUCUUGGAGCCUGAUGCCUACGUGAACAUAAUGCUGCAGGAGGUACGAGCACUGGCCAUGUCUUCCGAGACUUUCAGUCCAUCCUUGCUCAUAUUACAUCACGGUGUUGGAGUCAAGGUGAUGACGCGGUACAUGACCGCCGUGAAGGAGCGCAAUGGAAUUGCAUCCAAGGUUAGCGCGCUGUACGACAAGUAUCUCGAGUACUGCCUCGAGCCUGAGUUGUGGAGUACGUACACGGCGCGCGAAUGUUGGCAGAGGCUCAACACCGAGAACUGCGAGGGACCUUCUCUGGAUGUUGAAAUAUCUCACUGGCCAUUCCACGCUGCAGUUGGGAUUGGACGCUUCCUGUACGACAUAAUCUUUCACGAAGUCAAGAUCGACAUCAACGCCAUGCGGCCUUCCUCAACAAAGGCAAUGGUGCCUGCAUUCUACAACAUCUACAGGACCGUUGGAGUGAGAACGAAAGAGGAGAUAAAGCCUCAUCCACUGCUGUCCAAACUGUAUCGCGAAGCAUCCCUCGAGGAACUUGCUUUUGACAUUGGCCUGGUGCCCAUGGUGUCUCCACCACUUCCCUGGUCCGACGUCAACAGUGGAAUCUUCUUGCUUACACAGUCACCCCUGGUGAGACUUCCGGAGACGGCCCAGCAACAGAAACUGAUGCUCGAGGAGACCCCUGUGCAACAGAUGUACCCGAGCUUCGACUCCCUCAACAUCCUUGGCCUCUGUCCCUGGAGGAUCAACAAACCGGUGCUUGAUCUGGUAAUUGAGGUGUUUCUCAACAAAGGCAGUGCUGAACUGGACAUCCCUAUCCCCCCAUCAGAGCACCCAGCCCCACCUAAGUUCGAACCUGGCAUGAGCAAAGCAGACAAGGUCAAGAUCACUCGGGAACGCUUGUUCAACAAGCGGAGACGCGCCGAAAUGUACAGUCUGUGGUGCGACGCUCUCUACAAGCUUUCCAUCGCCAACCAUUUUAGGGACAGGGUGUUCUGGUUUCCACACAACAUGGACUUCAGAGGGAGGGUCUACCCAUGUCCACCUCAUUUCAAUCACCUCGGCAGUGACGUUGUGAGAGGCAUUCUGCUGUUUGCCAGGGGUGAGCCGCUCGGCGAAAAAGGCCUGGACUGGCUGAAAAUCCAUCUUGUCAACUUGACCGGCCUCAAGAAAAGGGAACCCGUGUCUGAGAGGCUGAGAUUCGCAAAUGAAAUGAUGCCCGAAAUUCUCGACUCAGCCGACAACCCAAUGACGGGUCGGCGAUGGUGGGCCAAGUCCGACGAGCCUUGGCAGACACUGGCCUGUUGCAAGGAAGUGGCGGCCGCUGUGCGGUCCCCCGAUCCGACACGUCACAUCUGCUACUUGCCCGUGCAUCAAGAUGGCUCCUGUAAUGGCCUACAGCACUACGCUGCUCUGGGCAGGGAUGCCCAUGGUGGCUCGCAGGUCAACCUGCAGCCCGCCGACAGACCGCAGGAUGUCUACAGCGGUGUGGCAGCGUUGGUUGAGCAAGAGAGGCAGAAAGAUGCAGCCAAUGGUCUAUACAUUGCCAAGGUGCUUGAAGGACACAUCAAAAGAAAGGUGGUGAAGCAGACGGUGAUGACGGUGGUGUAUGGCGUGACGCGCUUUGGUGCGCACCUCCAGAUACUGAAACAACUCAAGGACUUGGACGACUUUCCCCAGGAGCACUGCUGGGCAGCUGCCCACUACCUCGUCCAGAAGACCUUCCUCUCCCUUCAGCAGAUGUUCACUGCAACGCGUGAGAUUCAGGACUGGUUCACCAUUUGUGCCAAGAUGAUCUCGUACGUGUGCUGUCAACCCGUCUCGUGGGUGACUCCAUUGGGACUUCCUGUCAUCCAGCCAUACCACAAGCCCACUUCAGUGAGGAGCCCAAUCUCUUAUGGUGACCGGAUAAGCGCAGAGUAUCGAACAAUCUUCGAAAUGCACCAGAGACCUAAUGUGAUGAAGCAGAAGAAUGGCUUCCCUCCAAACUUCAUCCAUUCGCUCGACUCGAGUCACAUGAUGCUGACAGCCAUCUAUUGCCAAAAGGCAGGAAUUCAGUUCGUGUCUGUGCACGACUGCUACUGGACUCAUCCGAACACAGUGGACAUCAUGAAUAAGAUAUGCAGGGAGCAGUUUGUGGCUUUACACAGCGAGCCUAUCCUCGAGGAUUUGUCAAAGCACUUCGUGCGCACGUUUGGAUACAAAGAAAGUGAGAUGGCGGGGGUCAACAAAGCGGCAGAAAUGGCAAUGCAAAAGCUCAACAAGGUGAUCAAACAGAUUCCCCAGAAAGGUUCCUUCAAGUUGGAAAACGUGUUGGACUCUGUGUACUUCUUUAGUUAGUACACAGUGUUGCAUCCACGUAGGACAAUAUGACAAAAUGCGAGGCAAAUACACGCACACAGGCUGUGUUUAUGUACAUAAUACAUGUAAGUAGCUUGUAAAAUAACAGUGAAAGAAAAAUAUUGUUACAUAUUUGUUAAUUAAAUAUGCUCGCUUUGUUA